AUCCUUUACCGUAACUGCAAGUCGUUUCGUCCUGCCUACGUUUUUUCCGUGUUACUGGCUAUUACACAUCUAGCCGAGGCGCGGUUAUGUGACUGCUUUUUAGUAGGCCAGGACCUUUUAUCGCAAGGCGAAAUACGUUUUCACCUCGGACGUCGUCGUGUAGUAACUCCAGCGCGCCAGACUGUAGAAAGGUUUUGCAACAUGGAGAGGCCAGAAGUUAUUGUCAAGGACAUAGAGAAUUACCUUUCGUCCCAAAGAAUAGAUAAAAUGGUGAAGGAAAUGGUCGUCAGCGUACUCCACAGUAAACCGGAGAACGUCCAAGCGCACAUGAUUAAGCACCUGCUCAUGAAGACCAAUGAUGCAGAAGGGGAAAUUGCGAUUUCAUCAACCGAGGACGGUGGCCGUGUCGCGUUUACCCACUCUGACGCCGCGUGCCAAAAGUACCUCAUGUCCAAGGGCGUCCACGAACUCUUUGCGGAGCUGCUGCAGCGGGUGAGUACGGUAGUGCCGUACGACAACAACCCCUGCCCCUGGUCUCACCCCUCUUGCCGUUGCCCCUUGCGCCUGAGUUCCUUGCUGGACCCAGCCCACCGUUUCGGCCCUGCCUCGUUACCAGCAUUACAAGCACGCAGCGCUCUUGCUGCUGUCCUUAUGAGUUAUGUUAUCCGAGGAGCAACCGGAGGACGUGGCCGCCUUCAUCGUCUCCCACCUCAGCCAAUAGCCGAUAGGGAUGAGGAUGACUGAGGGUUGAGAAGCACUGUGUUCGUGUGUGCAUGGCAUGAUGCAUGGGGCAAUCAUGGAAGGGAUCCUGGUGUACGAUACCGCUGGUGGGGUUGUAUGGGGACUGCGGUAGCAGCAGCAGAAGCGGCCGCUAUGGUGGGGAUAAAGAGGAAACAACUAACUGACCGUUUGAUGUAUGGGGACCGCGUGACCGUGUGGUGGGGAGUUCGGGGCCGGGUCCGGGUCCGGGGUUGGGGACUAGCCGGGUGGGUCCAUGUUAAUGGGUAGCACGUUGAGAUUCAUAUUGGGCCGCCGGGACAUGGCAGGCCAGGAGAUUAGGAAUUGGUACACCGGUAAGGUACCGGUAUCAGCUAGCAAGUUGUAACAUUGGGUAACCCAGAGGUACUGGUUUGGGC